AUGCGACAUUCCAUCGACACACCUGCAGACGACUAUUCCGAUUCGGAGUUGCUUUCGGACUCCAACAUGGAUAUGGAUGCCGACGAGCUGGACGCAGAGAUUCUCGAUGGUCUUGGAAACGGCAAGAAGCUUGGCAUGAGCAAGCCCAAGAACCAGAAGAAGGCGAAAAAGUCAGUAAAGAUAGAAGUGCCAGCUGCAUCGGACGAAUCACCUGCAUACGACGAGUCCAGUCCCUAUGGCGGACAGGGCCUGGACUAUGAGGGAGGAGACCAGUCACGAGAUGCAUCAGGAGAGAACCUCACGUCGUCACAAGACCAGCCGAAGACGGUGCACUGGCCCGAGGAGGACAUUGACGAGAAUUAUCCCGACGCCAUUCCUCUCAAGGAGGUCAAGAAACCCAAGAAAAAUACUCUCAAAAGUAUCAUCAAAAAGGGCAAGUCCAAAUUCGGAGGUAACUCAUCCGAAGACUCUUCUUCAUACUCUCUUCUGGGUGGAGGACGACGAUCCUCACUUUCUGGAGGACGUUCUGGUCGUUACAACAAGGUCAACUUCAACCGGUUCGCUACAGACUCCUCAGAUGAAGACUCCGACGCCGAUUCGGACUUUGGACAGAUCUCUAUUGACGUGGAGAAUCGCCCCAGACGAAAGGUGCGUCAUCAGAAUACGAAGACGCUCAACCUGCUGUUGUUUGCGCUUCUGAUCAUUGCAGUGUACUUCAUUCUGACACUCACCUUUGGUGGAAACACGGGUCCCAAGGGCAGACCAAGCACGUACAAGUCGCGUGAAAAAAUUCUGCUAAAUAAUGGAACCCAUGACUUCCAUCCGACUACUCUGGUUAUCAGUUUGGAUGGAUUCCAUCCCCAUUACAUUUCGCCAGAGCUCACUCCUCAUCUGGAUAAUCUCAUGCGAAAGGAGAGCGGUGCUCCCUACAUGCUGCCUUCUUUCCCCACUUCGACGUUCCCUAACCACUGGACACUCAUCACUGGCUUGUAUCCUUCUUCUCAUGGAAUUGUUGGCAACACGUUUUUCGACCCCGAUCUGAACAAGCAGUUUGUGAACACGGACCCCAGUAGGUCGCGUGACGUUGCGUUCUGGGGUGGCGAACCCAUCUGGCAGACACUUUCCUACCAGAAUGUUUCCACUGCCGUCCACAUGUGGCCUGGAAGUGAAGCCAACUGGCUUCCUGAGGAUGCUCCAUUAAUUGUUGACCCCUUCAACCAGACAGAAGCUUUGUACAAGAAGCUUGAUCGACUUACGGAGUGGUUGGAUCGACCUAUCCAAACCAGACCGGAACUCAUGCUCACUUAUGUUCCUACAGUUGAUACUCUUGGUCAUGUUCAUGGCAUUUCUGGGUCUGAAUUGGAGCAAGGCAUUCAUGAGGUUGACUUGUUGGUGGGAGCUUUCCGAGAGGCUCUUGACAACCGAAACCUCACUGAUGUUGUCAACCUGGUUGUUCUGUCGGAUCACGGUAUGGCCCCUACCUCUGAUGAGCGGCUCAUCUUUUUGGACGAUCUCAUUGACGUGGGUCAGAUUGAUCACCUUGACGGCUGGCCACUGGUUGGUCUUCGGCCUGGUAACAACAUGACUGAGUCGGAGUUGUUUAACAUUCUCAAGAAGCAGGAGCCCGAGAACGAGUCUUGGAAAGUUUACACUCGAAAGAACCUUCCUGCUCGAUGGAACUUUGGUGGAAAGACUGGGGGACGGUACCAGAACCGUCUUGCUCCUGUUUGGAUUAUUCCCAAGACUGGCUGGAGUAUUCUUACUCAUGAUGAUUACGCCAAAAUGGACAACUCAUACCAACCCCAUGGCACACAUGGAUAUGACAACCGGGACAUUUUGAUGCGUGCUCUCUUCCUGGGAUCCGGCCCCUACUUCCCUGAUUUCAAGUUUGAGCCUUUCUCCAAUGUGAACGUGUACUCCAUUCUGUGCGAUACUCUGCAUGUGUAUCCUUCCAAGAACGAUGCUCAGCCUCUGACUAAGGCCUUGGUUCGGCUUAAUGACGACUGGCAGGACGACAGUGAUCUGUACCCCGGUGUGGACUUUUCCACUUCUGUCGUGGAGGGUUCUACCUACGAUGAGUUGUACAGAACUGAGGGACAUGCCAACGGCAGUGUCCCCACCAAUGGCCAGGAGCCCAGCAGUCAGAAGGGAGGAAAGAAGCAGAGCUGGGCUGAUUAUCUGAAGGGCCAGACAAACGAGGCCAUCGACUGGCUUGCCGACAAAUGGGCAGGUAUUGUCGGACAUGACUAG